AAGCUGACGUGUUGUGUCUGGGAGGCGCUUUCCAAUAUCACACAAAACGACAUCUCAUUUCGGUCCUUCUUGCGUUUGGAGUGUAACCGGUUAGCAGCUAAAUUUGAUUUCAGCGCAACAUGGCAGGGUAUUUGAAGGUCCUUAGUUCCCUCUCUAGGUCUGCCGCCGCGCUUUCUAAAAACCCCGCCGUGCUAGCACCGGCCUCAACCUGCCAGAAUCUGCAACAAAGAAACUAUGCCGACAAGCGUAUCAAGGUGGCCCAGCCGGUGGUGGAGAUGGACGGAGACGAGAUGACCCGCAUCAUCUGGGAGUUCAUCAAGGAGAAGCUCAUUCUCUCCAACGUUGACGUGGAGCUGAAGUACUAUGACCUGGGUCUCCCGUACCGCGACCAGACCGACGACCAGGUCACCAUCGACUCCGCCCUGGCAACCAAGAAGUACAGCGUUGCGGUCAAAUGUGCCACCAUCACUCCCGAUGAAGCCAGAGUGGAAGAAUUCAAGUUGAAGAAGAUGUGGAAAAGCCCCAACGGAACUAUAAGGAACAUCCUGGGAGGCACGGUCUUCCGCGAGCCGAUCAUCUGCAAGAACAUUCCUCGUCUCGUCCCUGGUUGGACGCAGGCCAUCACAAUCGGCAGACACGCCUUCGGUGACCAGUACAGAGCGACAGACUUCGUGGUGGACAAGCCGGGCAAAUUCAUGAUGGUGUUCACCCCGACGGACGGAAGCCCGGGAAAGGAGUGGGAGGUGUACGACUUCCCCGCGGGGGGCUGCGGGAUGGGCAUGUACAACACCGAUGAGAGUCCAUCAAGGAUUCGCCACAGCUGCUUCCAGUACGCCAAUCAGAAGAAGUGGCCGUCUACAUGAGCAAAGAACACCAUCCUGAAGGCCUACGAUGGCCGAUUCAAGGACAUCUUUGAGGACAUCUUCAGAAGUAUGAUUCUGAACUACAAACCCGAGUUCGACAAGCUGAAGAUAUGGUACGAGCACAGGCUGAUCGACGACAUGGUGGCCCAGGUUCUGAAGUCAUCCGGCGCCUUCGUGUGGGCCUGCAAGAACUACGACGGAGACGUGCAGUCGGACAUUUUGGCUCAAGGGUUCGGCUCACUGGGGCUGAUGACCUCAGUACUGGUGUGUCCCGACGGCAAGACCAUCGAGGCAGAGGCGGCGCACGGAACCGUCACCAGGCACUACCGCGAGCACCAGAAGGGAAGGCCGACCAGCACCAACCCCAUCGCCAGCAUCUUCGCCUGGACCCGGGGCCUGGAGCACCGCGGCAAGCUGGACGGGAACCCCGACCUCAUCAAGUUCUCUCAGACUCUGGAGAGGGUGUGCGUCGAGACGGUGGAGAGUGGCGUCAUGACCAAGGACCUCGCGGGCUGCAUCCACGGCCUGGCCAACUGCAAGCUGAACGAGCACUACGUCAACACCACAGACUUUCUAGACGCCAUCAAGAACAACCUGGACAAAGCCCUCGGCAAAUGAAGGAUGAGACGGAGAGGACCGGAACAGCGCUCUCCAUUUUGUACCUCAUUUUUAACUUAAAUAGGUCAAGAUAAUCACAAUGCACCUUGUAUGAAGGGAAAUAAGUUUUAAUAUAGAAGUCUGUACAUGCCCUUUAGUUAGUAUGGUCAGAUAAUGAAUGAUAUCAAUCCCCCAUCCGCUCCCACUCAUAAUCUUCACUCCAAAGUUAUAUUUUGUUAUGAAGUACUGUACUGUACGUAAUUUAAUAGUCAUGCACCUCAACUUGAAGAAACCAUUUCAGAAGAUGACUAAUAAAUACUGUUAUUUGAUCCUCA